UCAAGCAACUUCUUAUCAUGACCUUCCAAGAUGCUGUUCUUGGUGAAAACGGCGUCGUCUUUGAGCUUAUGGUAGCAUCCACUCAACAGUGGUUUGCCUUCUUGAGAAGGCUAAUGAAAAUUACCUGUUUGGAGUCAACAGCCUAAAGCAAAGUCAAGCCAAGAAAUUUGAUUUGUGAUAGGAAAGCAUGGAAGACUCGACGGAGAUGUGGCCGGUGGGACUCAGAUUCAAGCCGAGGGAGGACGAACUCGUCGAUCAUCACUUGCGAAGAAAGCUGAGAGGAGAAACGGAAACUAUCUGCGUAAUACCGGAGCUAUGUAUCUACAAGUGGGAGCCUCGGGAUCUAUUUGCCAGAUACAAUGCCCUGUCAAGGAUACCGUCGGAUGGACACGAGUGUUUUUUCUUCUGCCCCCGGGAUAAUAAGAUCCCGAAUAGCCUUCGUUCGAGCAGGAAGACGGAGUUCGGAUUUUGGAAAGUUACAAGUAAGAUACAUGUUGUACGAGCACCGGGUACUGGUAAGGAGAUAGGGUUCAAAAGGAUCUUGGUUUACUACGAAGGUCGACAAGGAAACGCCCGCAGGACUGACUUUGUCUUGCACGAAUAUCACCUAAAUUCGAAUGUUUCGAAUAGUAAAAUUCCCCGCCCGAUGGAAUUUGUCCUCUGUCACAUAACAAACAGGAAAUGUGAGAAAGCAGGAUCGGGGUCAGCAAUUACGAGUACUAGGGCCAAUCUAAACAGUCCUAGUAUUCUUAAUAAUUCGGAAUAUGAAGGAGCACAAGAAAUUAGCGCACAGGCAUCUCCAGCAGUGACGGUUGAACCCGAAAGUUCGAACCAUACUACGUUGGAUUAUGAUUUACCAGAUGGCAAUGUGUCUGUUCCUCGGCAGCCCGACACGCUCGGAAUGGAAAGCUCGCUGUGCGGUGAUAAUUGGCUUGUUGACAGAACUAAUGAUGAACAUGAUGCGCUGCGCUCUCCAAGCGAUGAUGUUAUUUAUCUCUCUGAGAUCUGGAGCUUCAACUAGCACGGACUGGCGUGCCUUAUCAUCAUAUGUGUACAGAACGGCAUGGCCACUUGCUGGCCUUAUUGCAAGUCAUACUAUGGGAGGCGAUUAUGGGGUAGAUAUUAGUUUUUACUAUGGAUUACCAGUGUUUUGCUACUCUAUAAAAGUUUCCGUGUUUAUUUA